AGCCAGCCGGUCUGCGCUGCGCUGCCACUGCUCCGUGGGUAGCUCACUCCUCUCAGGCUGAGCGGGGCGAAGGGGGGGAGGGCUCCGGGAAAGGUCCACCAUGGAGCCAAAAGAGGCCGGAGGUGAGGGCGGGCCGGCUACCGGUGAGAAGAAGGUCCGGAAAAUAAAAAGACCGGACAGGCUGUUUGUGAGAUACUUAGAAAGGAGGAAGACCGACACCAUCGUGGACGACGAUGUGGCCAAGGCCGAUAUCAACAUCAGCACCCUGGUGCGGAGGAGCCAGUCCGACAAAACGGAGUACAGCGCCAAACUCAAAGAAAAAAUGGCACCCCAGCCCAUGUCCUCCACCUCGUCCACCACUUCUCUGGACCUGGACCCGGAAGAGCAGCGAGACAGGAAGAUGAGCAGAAGGUCGAAGGUCAUUCAGGAGCUGUUGCAGACCGAGAGGGACUACCUGACCGACUUGGAGCUGUGCAUCAGAGAAGUUCUCCUACCGCUGCGAGAAGCCCAGGUGGUGGAAGUGGACCGUCUGUUCUCCAACAUGGAGGCCGUGCGGGACCUGUCCGACAAGCUGCUGGGUGACCUGCGGGAGGCCAUGGCCGAGACCGACCCCGAGGCGCAGGCCGUGGGUGACAUCUUCAUACAGACCAAAGCAGAGCUGGAGGAUGUGUACAAAGAGUACUGCUACCAGCACGACGACGCAAACGCCCUGCUGAAGUCAUAUGAGAAGGACGAAGAGAUCAGGCAGCAUUUCAGGAGCCGUGUCUUAGCUCUCAAGAAAAUAUAUGACCAGGAGGGCAAGUCCAACCUGCUGGACAUGGGCUCACUGCUCAUCAAACCCGUGCAGAGGGUGAUGAAGUACCCACUGCUUCUGGGCGAGCUGUGGCAGGCCACACCCGAGGAUCACCCAGACCGGCAGCCGCUGGAGGAGGCCCUGGCCGCCGUCAAGGUCGUCAAUAUAAACAUCAACGAGUUCAAGAGGAGGAAGGACAUCGUGAUGAGGUAUAUCAAACCCGACGAGGAGGGGAACCUGAUUGCAAGGCUGAACAAGUUCAGCAUCCACUCCAUCCGGAAGAAGUCUGACAGGCUGACCAGCUACCUUAAGAUGCUUACGGGAGCGGAGCCGCUGGUCAAAGAUGAAGCCUUUGAUAAGGAGGAAAAGCUUUUCCGGAGCCUCGAGAAAGCAGUCAGGCUGCUGGUGAAGAACGUGUGCUGUUACCUCCACCACGUCCAGGAGAUGACUUCUCUGGCCACAGACCAUGCUCAGGAUCUGGAGAAGAUAAUAGUGGAUCCAGACAGGAUAGGCUGCAAUGGGUCUAUCCAUCGGAAGAAUGGGAUUAGUCCAUACCGGCACUUUACGGAGAGUCUGGAGCGUUUGGUGCUCACUCCCCUGUCGACACUACAGGGCAUGUUCCCUGGGCCCCAGAAGCUGAUCCAGAAGCGGCAGGACAAGCUGUUGGACUGCUACAGCCGGCAAGAGAGGCCGGGUUCUGAGGAGCAGUUGCUGGCCCGGCGUGACUAUGAGGCCCUCAAUGCCCAGCUGGUGGACGAGCUGAAGCGCUUCAACUGCGCAGCACGGGCCAUCCUGGACAACUGUCUCCACUGCCUGGUGGGCCUGCUCAGGGGCCUGUUGGACGCCUCCAUGCAGAGGGUCCCCACCAUGCAGCAGCUGCCGGCUCCUCUGUCAAACAUCUGUGAAGUCCAAAGCAGCAUCAUGGAGGGCCUGAACAACCUCAGCUUUGUGAAGGACAACGCUCCCAGGCUCAUGGAACGGAAAGUGAGCUUCGAGAAGCCGAAGAAGAUAUCGCCUCCGGAGGUGGCCAGGCAGACAGAGGUCCACCGCACCGGGCUGCUGGCCUCCUAUCCUCUGGACCGGAUGUACCAGCUGAAACGCAACUGCAAUGCGUGUCAGGAGCAGGACGUCAGCUUGCUGGAGGGUGAACUGGUGGCCCUGUUGGAGGACCAGGACCCCCUGGGCAGCAGCAGCCGCUGGCUGGUUGACACGGGAGGUGCACAGGGCUAUGUCUACUCAACCUUUCUGAAACCUUACAACCCCACGAGGGACCGGGCCGGGGCACGGCCCGAGGCCGCCGACGACUUCGACAACAUCAGCCUAUUCAUUUCUGCCGGCACCGGCGGUAGCCGUACCAGCAUCAGCGGCAGCGUCAGCACGGGAAGCCUGCGUGGAUUUUACCUCGAUACUGUCGAUGACGCUCCUACCUCUGAUGGCCUGCAGGGGGAGCCAGAGGCCCCAGAAGACGAAAAUGUCGAAGACCAACAGUUUUAUGCCGUGUACGCCUUCCAGGCGCGCUGCUCGCAGGAGCUCACCCUGCGGGAGAACCAGCACGUGCAGAUCCUGCGCUUCUGCGACCUGGGCGGCAAUAAGGAGUGGUGGCUGGCCGAGGCUGAGGGUCAGCAGGGAUAUGUCCCGGCCAGCUACCUGGGCAAGAUGUCCUACGCAUAGCACAAGCCCCGGAGAGCGAACCGCGGCCAGUGGCAUUUGGCGGCCAGCAGGGGGCGUGGCAGUUAAAGGUCUCAGAACGAACUCUGCUGCUCUGCCCCCAAGUGAAGUACAUUACCUGAAUCGUUCAGGUAAAUCAUCAUCUACAAAAAUGGUUAAAGCAUGAAACGAGAAGGUGUGUUAAUCACUGUGAAAAACAAUAUUAACCAUAACUUGACCCCAUGCCCAAUAAAUGAUUAUGGAAGGGGGAUGAAUGGAUGUAUGUGUAAUCCUCCUAUGAAUAUUCUAGGUAAAGAUGGGCACCCAGGACUCCGUAUUUAACACCUGCAGUGUUUCAUUGAUUAUAAUGAAUGUCACAGAUGUCUAUAAAAAAAAAUAUGAAGUAGAUGUACAGCAGAUGUAUUUUAUCAGAGUUAAUAUUCAUAUUAAUUAUUAGAGGAUUUAAAUUUAUACAGAGAUAAAUAUAUCCUGGCAGCAUGUAUAUUUUAUAAAAGGUUUUAUGCAGUGAUGAAUAAAGAUCUAUUAUGGAUCGAAA